UGUUUGUCUCUAUUCUUACAAACCCCCACUUCCCCACUCGAUCUGUUUCACUGUUAAUUAUUCAUUUUUUUUUUUUAAUUUCCUGUAUUUAUGGGGAAUUUAAUCAGUGCUCGAAGCUGGAAUCAGAUGCUCUCCGCCGAGCUGUAACGCCAAAUCCUGGUUUUCUGGUGUGAUUGUUUCCACAAAAGCUUCAAAUCAAGCAUGCAAUGAUGCAGAAAUAGUUUUUUUCUUCUUGAUUCUCGGUUCGUAUUGUCUCAAUUUCUUCCAAUAUCAGAUAUUCGAAUCCGUCAAGUUUGAAGUCGAGCGGGAACUUGAUUUUCUUCUCUUACAGAAUUUGAUGACUGUCACGUGAUCCAUCUUUUCUUCAGGAAAUUCGAUUCAGAAGACGAUAAGCCGCUGCUUUCAACUCAUUAAUUCGUCUGUUUGUAUUGAUAUUGAUUUCCACCAUCUUUUUUGUGGUUUAAAUGGCUCGAUCUGGAGGUUCUGGAAGCUCUUAUUUUUUGUCCUGUCUUUCGCGGAUGGUGAUAGGGUUUGAUUCCAGUUUUUGAAUUUGAACUGCCUUUCUUUCCACUGUUGGAUCAUAGAAAGGUUGGUGAGGACUGAGGCGGUGUAUAGCUUGAUUCCAUCUCAUCGUGAAGGUCGAGGAGUUCUAACAGGAGGAACUAGUUUAGUUUUUUUGUUCUUCUCCGGUGUACUGCAAGUGAGUUUCAGACAGGACGACUAGAAAUCGGGUUCCUGGACUCGACUGAUUAACUGGAAACUUUCUCUUCCUCGCUUAUGUCGAUCUCCGAGAAGCCAUCAUCAUCAUCCUCUGCCCGAGAGUUUGAUCCUCUGUUGAAGGAUCUCAGUGAAAAGAAACAGAGCUUUCGGCGAAACGUUGUUUCUUUGGCAGCCGAACUCAAGGAUGUUCGGAGUCGCCUUGCUUCACAGGAAGAAUCAUUUGCCCGAGAAACUCUAACCAGACAGGUCGCGGAGACGAGAGCAAGAAGUAUGGAAGAGGAAAUAGUUCGAUUGGAGAAAAGCUUGGAAGAGAGGGACGGACAGUUGCAGGCAUCCGCAUCUACAGCAGAGCAGAUAUCAACCUAUCCUAGCAAAACUACAUCCUGCAGACUUGAGUACCUGAAGGAGCUAGAUGCUCUACGAUUGCAGCUCUCUGACACUCAAGCCACAGCAGAUGCAAGUGCUGCAUCAGCUCAAUCAGCUCAGUUACAGUGUUUGGCCUUGGCAAAGGAACUUGAUGAGAAGAACAGUUCUUUGAAAGAGCAUGAGGAUCGUGUUAAUAGGUUAGGAGAGCAGUUGGAUCACCUGCAAAAAGACCUUCAAGCAAGAGAGGGCUCUCAGAAGCAGCUGAAAGAUGAAGUUUUAAGAAUAGAGCAGGAGAUUAUGCAAGCGAUUGCCAAAGCUGGAUCUAGCAAGGAUUGUGAACUGAGGAAAAUCCUUGAUGAGGUCUCUCCUAAAAACUUUGAGAGAAUCAAUAAGCUUUUAACUGUGAAGGAUGAAGAGAUAGCCAAAUUGAGAGAUGAAAUCAAGAUUAUGUCCGCUCACUGGAAAUUAAAAACUAAGGAGUUGGAGUCACAGUUAGAGAAACAUCGGAAAGCUGAUCAGGAAUUGAAGAAAAGGGUGCUGAAGUUGGAAUUCUGUCUUCAGGAAGCUCGCUCUCAGACGAGAAAGCUCCAAAGGAUGGGAGAGCGGAGGGACAAAGCUUUGAAAGAACUCAGAGAUCAGUUGGUUAUGAAGCAACAGGGACCAGGGUUCGGCACUGAAAAACAAAACUUUUGGGACAGCUCUGGUUUCAAGAUUGUGGUUUCAAUGUCCAUGUUGAUCCUGGUAGUGUUUGCAAAACGGUAAAAUCAUAUAUUGUUCAUUUCAUUUGGUUUAAAGUAGAACAGAGGUAUAGCUGUAGAAAUUAGUUUCCAAGGAGAUGAGCGAAUAUUGGUUUUGAACCUAGCCCCCCUCCUGUUUUGUAAAGUGAUUGCUAGGGUUAGUUUAUGGGCCAACAGCAGAGACCCAUUUUUCUUGUUCCUAUUGUCAUUCAUCUUUUGAUAGGUAGAAAAUGGUGAUUUAUUAAAUCACUAUGACUUAUUUCUCCAGAUGAGGGUCUUGCAUUGCCUGGUAAAAUCAGCAUUUGGUUGUCAAAUGUGCCAUUGCAUUGUUUAAGAAAGGAAAGUUAUAUUAUAUUUAA